CACAUAAAAAACACUAUGGAUAAAAUUCAAGAUAAAAUUCAAGGUGCAUGGAAGGGAUUCCACGGCACUGGUGAAACCAUCAGAGGAACAUUUAAUGAAACCGUAGACAGAGCAGGCGAUCAAAUUGCAGGAAGACCAGCUGGUAGUGUAGAGAGCAAGUCAAACAACCCAGGAACAGCCAAGAAAGGUAUUAACGAGUUCAAAGAUGGCUUCGAUAAGCUCACAAGUUCAUCAAACACUGGGGGAUCACAGGAAGCCAGUGUGGAAGUACCUGAAGCACAGCAGCCACAGGGGCACAGCGUACCACCAAAGCUUCCAGAACGUACUUAGUAUAUUUGUGCGAUAAUCUAUUAAAUAAGCUAUUGAUACACUCCAUAUUCUAUAAUUAAUCACUCUUGCUGUCCUAGAAGUGACUGUGUAACAAGCUCCCUCAGUCUCUCCUCUGGAUCGACACCAUCUUGUUCGGCUUGACGCAUUAUUUCUGCGACCUGUCUACCAGUUUCCGUAUUCUCAAAGUCAUCACCUGAGAUGUUUGCAGUAUUGUUUGAUGGUUCAGGACUGACUUUUUUAAGGUAUUCUUGUACUUCUUCAUGCUCAUCCUCAUCUAUGAGCUUCUCUAGGGGUGUUCUACCAUCAUUAUUGCGUAAAUGAGUAUCUGCGUGGUAUUUUUCAACCAUGUGCUUCGCCAUAUCGACGUCCUCUACCACGAAUAAUGGUGAUUCGCCAUCAUCGUCUAAUAAAUUGACGUCUCCCCCUUUACUAAGUAGGUAGUCGAGUAGUUCAAAGUGCGAAUAAGAUACAGCAGCGUGGAUAGGACUAUAGCUGUUCUCAUCCAAGCUAUUGACGUCUACGCCACAUUUUUCGACCAAAUGCUGGACUCUUUCAAUAUUUCCUUCACUAGCGGCUUAAAUUUGUUAAUAUAGCUUAUAACUUUCUACAAAGACCCACCAAGCCAGAUAUUUUUGUCAUUUGAUGGAUCGCUUACCAUGACGAGCCUUGUACAAGGAAUGUCAUGAACGUUUACGAGGAGUUACGCAACAGAAUCACUAACAAAAGCCCAUGGGAUACAGAAGUUACAUUUCUUAGACAAUCACUUCGAAAGAGAUUACAAAGUGAUCUAUUGAUGGGUUCAGAUAACGAUGUAUCAGCCAACUUGCAUAAUAUUUGGCACGAAACGACGCACAACCUCAUCAUUGAAUAUAGAAGGCGUCUGAAGAACAUUGACAGCUCGUCAAAACCGAACAAAGUUUGGUUGGAACGUAGACGAGUUUUACAGAAUUUCAUCGACUUCAUGAAGAAGGAUGAGGUAUUUUAUAGGAGUAUUAUAGCCCGUACUAUCACUUUAUUUGGUUUGGAUGAAUAUACCCACCUUUUAGCCCAAAUCGAACCAAAUAAAAAUGUUGUCAAUAGUGACGACACAAGUAGCGAUGAUGGACGGGCUGAUGUUUCCCUGGAUUAUUCCAAUCAAGUAGCAGAAGAGGGCACUUUUGAUAAGAAUACCCGCGUUUACAUUAUUUAUCGUUGUUUGAUAUUCCUCGGUGACAUAGCGCGUUACAAAGAACUUUACAACCAAGAAGGUGGUAGGCCUAAGGCGGGCGUGCAGUACGAACAGAAUUCAAGACAUAGGCAAUACGCUAACGCUUUACUUUGUUACGAAUUAGCACAAUCAGUUAUGCCAAGUGAAGGUAUGCACUUCAACUCCUUAGCUACACUAGCAAGCUAUCGCGAUGAUUUCAUAGCGGUUGUUUAUAAUUACUACAGAGGUCUCACGCUGAGUAGCCCCCAACAUAGCAAAUGGCAACAACUUGCCCGUAACAAUCUCAAACAAGUACUUACUAAAGUACUAGACGAGGAAAACAACGUCAAUGAUGAUUUGAGGAUAUUCACAGUGCAGCUACUUAAAAUACACGGAAUGCUUUUCCUUAAUCGAACUGAUUAUCAAACAGUCAGCAAGUUAAUAAACUCUUCUUUGAGGCAGUUUCAGAAGUUGCUAGAUAGCGGGACGCUCAGAAAUGAUGUGAUAUUGAAGAUCGUCACUAUAAACAUCUCCCUUCACUACCAUUUACGCGUUUAUCGAGACAUCGAAAGCAUACCAAAUAAAAUGUCCCUAGAGAAUCGCAGGAAUACUGCACACAAGUAUCUAAUUCGUGUAGUGACGAUACUUAUGAAGCACGUCAGAGCGAGUCUAGCUGAAGUUGAACUAGAAGAGAGUGCGCAAGAUGACAUAAAGCUGGCGUCCCUUUUGACAACAUCCAUGAGAAGAUGUUUACCUACAUUGAGGUUAUUCAUGCAUUGGCUUACAUCAAACAUUGAUCACCAUAAUAAAAUCAAAGCAAGCUCAAAGAGCAAUAGUAUACCACAGUUUUGGGAAGAAUUUGAACAAUUUAAACAGGCGCUAUCUUCUUCAUUUGAGAAUCUCAAAAUUGAUAGGUGUGAAUAUUCAUUAGAGGAAGAUGAAGAGUUUCAGCAAUUUAAUCCAAUUAAGAGAUGUCCUAUGCGUGGAAUGUCGAAAAUGGAAAGCAAUGAAUUGCGCAGGCAGAGACACCCCAACGAUGAACAAUUGGAACGCGGAAUUAUUAUUAUUAGAUUAGGUACUAAAUUGUAAUCAACUUCCGUUUUUGGGUGAAAUUUCCUGGAUUCGCCGAAUGUCUUGACACUAACAUAAAUGAGUUUCUGUAAAAUUAAAUAGCUUGGCUAUUGCAGUCAUGUACAACAAAUUCUAUCAUGAAUUUUCAGUUACAGCUAAUAAUGUUAUAUCAGAAUUGUUUCAUACCCAGAAGACAGAAAGUAUAGAAAUUUUUAUUAGAAAAGUACUCGAAAGGACCCAAAUAGAACCACAUUUAGUAUUAUCUACAUUAGUUUUACUAUAUAGGCUCAAGAUGAGACUGCCCGGUGUACAAGGUAGUUGCUCAGAGAGACUUUUCUUAGCUGCUAUGAUACUAUCAUGUAAAUCGCAUUCAGAUCGCACGUACUCUAAUCAAAGUUGGUGUAUCGUUAGCAGGUUUCAACUCAAAGAAGUAAACAAGAUGG